AUGCAUCUUACCCAUUCAGUUGACAAGAACAACUUUACUCUCAUGCUUAAAGGAAAUCACCAAUUUUUUUCCACUGAAUAUAAUGCAUCAUCGUUAGAUGAUUGUGUAGAAUUGGAUUACCCUUUCAAAUCUUCAGAAGAUGAUGCUGCUGCUAACAUCGACAUUUUGUGUUCUUGUAAUGGACUAAUAUUAUGCAAAAAGAAGAACAGAAGUGAGUAUGAGUCUAUUUCCCUGGGUGUUCUUUGCCUUUGGAAUCCUUGCACUACAGAGUACAAGAUAAUACCAUCAGCUCCAGUUGAGUCUCUUGGCUAUUCUUCUUUAGGGAUUGAAACCACUUGUGGGAUUUGUUACGAUGGAAGCAUCGACGAUUACAAGGUAGUUAGAAUCGUGGGUUUUCGCAUCGGUGGUAAUGUUUGUGAAGUGAAGGUAUACACAUUAGGAACGAGUUCAUGGAGAACUCUUGAACCAGCUCCUUAUCAGUUGAACCACAAACAAAAACCCGGUGUGCUUGUUAAUGAAAAACUUCACUGGAUAGUGUGUACUCUUGCAGGAUUCGUCAAGUCUGAAUUUAUUGUAUCUUUUGAUAUUAGUAGUGAGAAAUUCACAGAAAUGUUGGAACUGGGACAUUUCGGAGAUAAUUACUUUGAGAAAAAAUUAGCAGUGUUGGGUGAAAACUUAUGCUUUAUUGGUGAUACACAUAGGACAUGGGACCUGUGGGAGAUGAAGGAUUACGGAGUUAAAGAAUCUUGGACUAAACUGUAUUGCAUUGGCAACCAGAAAGAGUUUCAGUUUUUGAGGCCUAUACAUACUUUGAGGAGCUCUGAGGUCUUAUUAGAGGUUCGGUUUCUGAAGAAGGAUGGACAUGGUUUAGUUUUGUUCAAACCAAAGCUUGGAAGAGCUAAUGUGUUGAAGAUGCAUGUGAAAUGGGAUGUGGUACAGACAUAUGUUGGAAGUUUAGUUUCACUCGAGUCAGGGACGUAUGCAUGGAUCGAUCGGAUUGAUGAAGCAGCAUCGGAAAGGAAGCUUAAGAAAAGAAAACAAGAAUUCUUAUGUAAAUGCAACAAACAGAAAUAG